UGAAAGCGUUCAUGCUGUUUGGCCUUCUGGUGGCUCUUUUGGCUCCCGAAAUGGUGAAUGCCACGUGUGGCAAGUGUGUGGAAGCACACGCCUGCAUUGGUGAAAGGACAUUUCAGCUGUGCUUCGAUGGUGUUCGGGAUCAGACUGCCAACUACACCUGUCCCGAUGAGAGACCCAUUUGCACGGACUACGGAAUAAUUUGCCUGGCGAAUGGAACGGAUACAAAACGCGGAUGUGGGGAUACUUCGAACUGCGGACUUUGCUCCGGAGCUUCAACCUUUGCCUGCACUUCGCCGACCACUUUUGCACUUUGCUCUGGUGGAGAGGUUGCGGGUAGUAAUAACAAAUGUGAGACAGAUUUUGUUUGCAGUGUGGCAAAUGCUCCUCUAGGAAAUCCCUGCAUUUCCCGCUGCGACUCCACCGACGAUGAUAUUUGUGAUCGGAGCUUGGAGGCCGAUGAUGAGAGCACCACUGCAAGCACCACCGACAGCACCACCGACAGCACCACCGACAGCACCACCUCUUCUGUUACGUCCAGUGGUACCGACAGCUCUUCUACAGAUUCAUCCGCAGUAACCACUGAGUCCUCGACAGGAACUUCUAGUGACGGCUCCACUGUGACUGCCACUGAGACCAUCAGCACCACCACCGAAAGUCCCGGAACCACUCCGGUCUUCAAUGAAGUAACCUAUUGCCAGGGAAUCAACUCAACGGGUCGCUAUCCCAUUCCGAAUGACACCGUUUGCACAAACUACGUUUACUGCUUGUACAGGAGUAGCAGCUGGACAGGAUUAUUAUAUGCCUGUCCUUCAGCAAAGCCUUAUUUCGAUGCUGAUAUAAACAACUGCGCCACUGUAAAACCAGCCAAUGCGGGAUGCACUGACUUAGUCUAAUUAUUUAUCAUAUAUAAAUAAUACACAAAAUACAAAUUUAAACUUAAUAAAUGGAAAAUAAUACCAAAGGA